GGUUUAUUCUCAUCGUGAUCACGAGGUCCGAUAGGAAUUCGUUUCUAAUUGAUGACGAGCAUUCUUUCGAGCACACGCACAAGCACACGCGGCGGUGCGUCCACGCCACCGCGCGAUUCUCCAACCGCGUUGUCCCACACAUCACAUGAAAACGAUUCUCUGCACCUUUCUCACCACGGGACACAUCGUCUCUCCUCUCCCGGCAACAUGGCGACAGAGUUCCACAACCUCCAUGAGAUGAGGCACAGUGCGGCGCUGGCCAACAAGGUGUUCAUCCAGAGGGACUACAGCCAAGGCACCGCCUGCCGCUUCCAGACCAAGUUCCCCUUGGAGCUCAACAGCAGGAUGGAGCAGGCCUUGUUCGCGGAGACGGUGAAGACGCUGAACUCGUACUACGCUGAGGCCGAGAAGGUGGGAGGCCAGUCCUACCUGGAGGGCUGUCUGGCGUGCGCCACGGCCUACAUCAUCUUCCUGUGCCUGGAGACGCGCUACGAGAAGGUGCUGAAGAAGAUCUCGGGGUACAUCCAGGAGCAGAAUGAGAAGGUCUACGCCCCGAGGGGUCUCCUGCUCACGGACCCCGUAGAGAGGGGGACGAGAGUGAUAGAGAUCAGUGUGUUCGAGGACCACUGCUCCGGCAGCUCCAGCCCCAGCAGCAGCUGUAACGCCAGCGGUGGCAGCAGCAGCACGUCGUCGGGGGACCGUGGCUCCCGGUGACUGGAGGCCCAGCACCAGGGCUACGGGUUCCACCGCCGGGACAGCGGCGCGCUCAACAACAUCCGCACGCUGAAACAUGAGAGCACCCGCUUCUGAGAGGGGGGGCAGACGGGGGGCGGUGGGGAGGGCAGAGGCCGGGCUCGCAUCCGCUACGCUGAGUCUGUGUGGCGGACCACCACCACCACCUCUACCACCACCUCCUCCCCACCAGAGCCACCAGCACUAGAGCAGGCAGACACACAC